UAUGUCAAGACACUAAGGUGUGUAUAAUAUGAUUAAGCAUGGAGCUUAUAAUGAUGAUGAUUAUGAGGAUGAAGAUGAUUAUAACUAAUAGGAAGAUGAUGAACAAUAUGGGGAUCACAAUUUCACCAGAAGUAAUCUUAAGUUUACAAUAUUUUAAAGGUGAAUUGGAAGUCAUCAAUAAUUUAAGUGAUAUAUUCUAACUUGAUUUUACUCGUAAAUAGAUUAUUGAUGCAUUAUAUGAGACUGAUGGAGAUAGUGAUGCUGCAUUUGAAUAUUUAAGUAAUAAGAUUAAAAAAACACAAAAAUAAUAAUAGCCUCAGAAACCUUAAGCUACUAAAAAAUAAUAAUAGCUAAUACAAGCAGUAAAGAAGGAAGAGUUACCAUAACAAUUGCCAUAAUUAGUUAAAUAGUCUAAUAGUAUUGACAAAUCUAAAAAUCAAUUUCAUAUUGAAUACAAGGUUGAUGAAUAUAAUUCACCUUAUCCAAGUAUUAAAUAUAAGAAUGUCAUUUAAACAAAUCCUUCCACUAGUAUUGUUAUUUUAGGUCAUGUUGAUACAGGUAAAAGUACAUUGACAGGAAAGUUACUCCAAAUAUUUAAAGCUCUAGAUGACAAAGAAAUAAGGAAAAAUCAAAAGGAAGCUAAGAAUUUAGGAAAGGAUUCUUCUGCUCUUGCUUAUGCUACUGAUAUGACUAAAGAGGAGAAAGAAAAAGGUGUAACUAUGGAUAUGGCCUAUAAAACUAUAGUGAUUGGAGGAAGACAAUAUAAUCUUUUAGAUUCUCCUGGACAUUAAGAUUUUGCACCACAUUUAAUAGCAGGAGCAGCAUAAGCAGAUUAUGCUAUAUUAGUAAUUGAUACUACAAAAAAUGCUUUUGAGAAUAGUAUAAAGAGUGGUAUGUUAAGAGAAAAGUUGUAAUUAAUAAGUGCUAUGCUUAUUAAAUAAAUUAUAGUGGCAUUAAAUAAAAUGGAUCAAAUUGAUUGGAAUUAAAAAUAGUUUGAGGAAGCCAAAGAGUAUAUUAAAGUUUCAGCAGCUAAAUUAGGUUAUAAUUAAAAAUAAAUUAAAUUUAUACCAAUAUCUGCAUUUUAAGGUUUAAAUAUACAAAAUAAACAUAAUAUUUAAUGGUAUUAAGGAGAUACUUUGGUUUAAGAAAUAUUAAAUUUACCUCCUAUUUAAAGAGGAGAUGAUAAGGUAUAAAUUUUAUAUAAAUUUAUUAUUAGCCACUCAGAUUUACUAUUCUUAAUAGAUUUCAUUAAAAUGAUGGAAAAUUAAGAGGAACAUGUUUAUUAGGGAAAUUGCAUUCUGGUUAAUUGGAGAAAAAUAUCAAUUAUGUUAUUUUACCAUAAGGAAUCUUUUGUGAAGUGAAAGAGGUUGAAAGAUAGAGUGUUGAAGGGGAUAUUGUAGAAAUUAAAGUUAAAACACUUAUUGAUUCAGAAUUUUAAAAUAUAUAAAUUGGAUCAGUGUUGAGUUAAAUUGAAUAUCAUGUACCAGUUGCAAAUAGAUUGGUUUGUUAAAUAAGUACAUUAGAUCUUCAAACUCCUAUUAUAAAGGGAUCUCAAUAUUUAAUGCAUUUAGGUGCUUAAAAGGUAAUAAUCUUUAUAUCUAGAUUGGUGUUGUUAUAAAAAAACUAAAUCAUAUUUAUGAUUAAGAUGCACAAACUAUUAAAAAGAAAUUCCCUAGAGCUAUAGUUUCUAAUGAAUUAGCUGAAGUUGAAUUAGAAUGUGAUGGUUAAAUUUGUGUAGAAACACAUAUAAAUUUAGAAUAAUUAAGUAGAAUAAUCUUGAGAGAGAAAUUUAAUAUAGUUGCUAUUGGUAAAGUUACUAUUAUUAAUGUAAAUUUAAAUAAAUUAAAAUAAGGAAAGAUUAUUCAUGAAUAGUAAAUUUGA